AUCUGCUGUUCAACUUUCCUCCCAUCUCCAGUUGUCCAGCCAAUAGAAGGUAACAUCUCAAAGGAAGAAGUCCAGUUCCUGGAAUCUAAAAACGGGGUCAGGCUUUGUCCUCAGAAUAUAUUUCAGCAAAUACAGACUACAGAAGGCACCGAGAUCUACCCUAUCAAUGAUCCCAAGACUCGUACACGCCUGGCUUUGAUCAUCUGCAAUAUCAAAUUCGAUUACUUAAAAUUUAGAAAAGGGGCUGAGGUAGACUUGGAACAGAUGACGCUUCUCCUAGAAGAUCUGGGAUACAAAGUGGAAAUAAUGACCAAUUUAAACUCACAGCUGCAUGCUUAUCCAGCAACACUCUAA